AUGAAUCAGCUUUUUGUACAGACAGAGAAGGUAGCAGAUCCCCGGGAGGGAAAGCUUCAGGUAGUAUCGAACAUAGACGUAUGCAUCAAAAUAGCCGAGUUUCUAGAAAGUACCUUAGGGCCUUACGGGAUGGAUAAGCUGUUUGCAGGGAAGGAGAUUGUGGUAACCAAUGAUGGGGCAACGAUACUCAAGCAUAUGAAAGUAAAGCAUCCUGUGGGAAAGCUUCUAGUGGGUAUAUCUGAAUCCCAGGAUAGUGAGGUUGGGGAUGGAACAACCAGUGUUGUGGUUCUAACUGCAGAAAUAUUGAACUGUUUGAAAUCGCUCAUCAAAGACAGCUUUGACCUUGAAUCCAUUAGGGAGUGCCUUUCUGAGCUUAGGGCUGCAUGCAUUGAGCAUGUGGAGAAGAUGAGUGUGGAGGUUGACGACGAAAUGCUCUACAAGCUGGCAGAGACCUGUGUUACUUCCAAGAAUAUAAGACAUGAAAAGAAGCACUUUUCACGAAUGGUGGUUGAUGCAGUGAGACAAUCGAGGGUAGAUGAUAUGGAGUCCAUUGGAAUAAAAAAGGUCCAAGGAGGAAGCAUCGGGGAUUCCAUUGCCGUGAAUGGGGUUGCAUUUGAGAAAUGCUUUACUUAUGCAGGAUAUGAGCAACAGCCGAAAAGGAUUUCAAAUCCAAAGAUUCUAUGUUUGAAUGUGGAGCUUGAGUGGAAAAGCGAACGUGAUAAUGCUGAGAUGAGGGUUGGAGGAGUUGAGGAGUAUCAGAAAGUUGUUAAUGCUGAGUGGACCAUUAUCAGCAGGAAGCUGGACGAGAUAAUAGACAGCGGGGCAAAUGUGGUUUUGAGCUCUCUAUCUAUAGGAGACUAUGCUACACAGUACUUUGCAAAGCAUGGGAUAUUCUGUGCCGGAAGGGUUUCGAAGGAAGAUCUUGGUAGGGUUGUUGGGUCAUGUGGAGGAAGAAUACUUGGGUCUACAGACUACUUGGAAGACAGCUUGGGAUCAUGUGAACUCUUUGAGGAAAGACAGUUAGGAAAGCUUAGGUACAACUAUUUUGAAGGAGGAGGAAUGAAUGCAUGCACAAUAAUACUCCGAGGGCCUGGACAGGAGGUUCUUGAAGAGAUUGGAAGGGCUGUCCAUGAUGCAAUAUGUGUUGUCAGAACAGCCCUAAAGACUAGGAGAGCUGUCAGUGGAGGAGGAUCUGUUGAAAUGGAGCUGUCCAAGAUGAUUAGAGAGAAGUCGAUGGAAUAUGGGAAUAAGAAAGUAUUUGUUGCAAAAGCCGUGGGACAAGCAUUUGAGAAGAUUCCUCUUCUUCUAGCUAAGAACUUUGGAUUUGAUACUAUCAGCAUAAUUCAGGACCUCCGGAAGAAGCAUGCCAACGGGUCUGUCUAUCAAGGAGUUAGCAUUGAAGGAGUUCGGGAUAUGCGGGAUCUUGGGAUAUACGAGCCUCUUGAGGUCAAGAAAAAUAUGAUCAAGGCAUCUUUCAAUGGAGCAGCCUCGAUCAUCAUGAUUGAUUCGACUAUAAUGGCCGAGAGGAGUCAAUAA